AAAGUAAGCGAUACGUCUACCGAAUAUACUUGGGAAUCUGCUUUGCGAGCAAGUAAAUGGUUUACACGAGGCUGGACCUUACAAGAACUCCUUGCUCCAAGAUCAGUCGAAUUCUUCUCCCGGGAACACAAUCGACUAGGUGAUAAGGGAACUCUAGAACGACAAAUCCACGAGAUUACAGGAAUCCCUACCACCGCGCUUCAAGAAACCCCUCUCUCCCAAUUCGACGUCGAUGAACGAUUCUCGUGGGUAAAAUGUCGGCAAACUACACGCGGGGAAGAUAAGGCAUAUUCUCUUUUUGGCAUUUUCGAUAUCCAGAUGCCACUUCUUUAUGGCGAAGGAGAAGUAAAGGCGUUUCAGCGACUCCGAGAAGCAAUCGACAAACCAUUGAAGGGUAAGUCUCAUCCCUACGAUUAAUGCCUAACACAUUUGAUAAGUCUAGCGCUAACUAGCAGUUUAGGCUCUAAGAAAGACCUACUUCGUCAGCUACCGUAUGCUGAUGAGGCGCCGUUCAACACAUACCACCGCCAACACGAACCUGCCUGCCUCCAUAAUACACGCGUCUCCGUCCUACAAGAGAUAUACGACUGGGCCGAUGGAAAGGAUAGACAAGAUGAGCGAUGCAUCUUCUGGCUAAACGGCCUCGCUGGGACGGGAAAGUCAACAAUCUCCCGCACUAUCGCCCGCAGAUACAGUGAGCAGAAGCGUCUUGGAGCUAGCUUCUUCUUCUCAAGGGGCGGCGGAGAUGUGAGCCACGCUGGCAUGUUCUUCACAAGUCUUGCCGUCCAGCUCAGUAUCAAUGUGCCACCUCUUCAACAGUACAUUUCUGAGGCUGUUACAAAUCGGCGUGAUAUUGCGAGCCUAUCCCUCUCGGAGCAAUGGCGUCAGCUUAUUCUCAAUCCACUACUUGAGCUACAGAGCGGAUCACCUCUUUCAUACAUCCUUGUUAUCGAUGCACUUGAUGAGUGUGAGCAUGAUAGAGAUAUCAAGACUAUCCUACAGCUCCUAGCUGAAGCUCGGUCGUUGAUGACAGUACAACUUCAAGUCUUUCUUACCAGCAGGCCUGAAGUCCCUAUUCGACACGGAAUACGCGAUAACCCACAAGCCGAACACCAGGAAUUUGUGCUCCACAACAUACAGCCAUCGAUUGUCAAUCAUGAUAUCUCUCUAUUCCUAGAACACAAUCUAGGGAAAAUCAGGCAAGACUGGGAUCUUAGAGCUAACUGGCCCGGCGGAGAAGUUCUAAGACAGCUGGUUCUCUACGCUUGUGGCCUCUUCAUUUGGGCGGCAACAGCAUGUCGGUUUGUUGAAGAAGGCGGAGAGUUUGCUGAAGAUAGGCUUGAUGGGAUUCUUCAGCGCAUUAGCUUAGAAGGCACACCAGAGCAGCACCUCGACGAAAUAUAUCUCACGGUACUCCAAAACUCUAUACCUCCUACUUAUAGAGCACUGGAAAAGGAGAAGGCAUAUGCAAUAAGACGUAAGGUUCUUGGAAGCAUUGUUGUUUCGUUAUCUCCACUUUCCGCUGCUUCACUAGCAAUGGUGCUAAGCGUCCCUGAAAGAGUUGUUACACGAACACUUGAGAAACUGCAAGCUAUCCUAGAGGUUCCAAACGACCCGACUCGCCAGCUCCGCCUACACCACCCUUCGUUUCGCGACUUCCUUCUCAACAAAGAUCGAUGUAGGAAUUUCUGGGUAGAUGAGAAGGAAGCACAGGGUACAUUAGCUACUCGCUGCAUAGAGCUGAUGUCCAAGACACUCGAGAAAGACAUAUGCGAAUUGCAUGCUCCUGGGUAUCAAGUCACUCAAGUCGAGAGCAGUCGUCUACAGCAAUGCCUUCCGCCCGAAGUACAAUACGCAUGCCUCUACUGGGUCCAGCAUCUACAGAGGAGCGGGUCUCAGGCUUGCAAUGGCGAUGAAGCACACCGGUUUCUGCAAGAGCAUCUACUACACUGGCUUGAGGCGCUUGGGUGGAUGGGCAAGACCUCAGAGGGAAUUCAAGCAAUUUUAUCCUUGGAAGAGCUUGUUUCGGUAAGGAUUCUCUUUUAAUAUAAUAAGUCACCUAACUAAUUGUUACUUAGGCAGGUAAGAGUUCUGAAAUACGCUCCUUUGUUAAUGAUAUAAAACGAUUUACCCUACAUAGCCAGUCAGUGAUUGAAAAGGCACCCCUUCAACUAUACUGUUCAGCCCUCAUCUUUGCCCCAGAGAAUAGUAUAGUUAAGAGACAAUUCAAAAAAGAGAUCCUACCAUUGAUUCAAAUGAAGUCAAAAGUGCGACCAGGUUGGAGCGCGACGCUGCAGACGCUCGAGGGCCAUUCCCAUUGGGUCAACUCCGUGGCCUUCUCGCCAGAUGGCAAUGUGGUGGCCUCAGGCUCGGGCGACAAGACCGUGCGGCUCUGGGACGCCAGCACAGGCACGCCGCUGCAGACGCUCGAGGGCCAUUCCCAUUGGGUCAACUCCGUGGCCUUCUCGCCAGAUGGCAAGGUGGUGGCCUCAGGCUCGUACGACGAGACAGUGCGGCUCUGGGACGCCAGCACAGGCACGCCGCUGCAGACGCUCGAGGGCCACUCCAACAGGGUCUUCUCCGUGGCCUUCUCGCCAGAUGGCAAGGUGGUGGCCUCAGGCUCGGACGACAAGACCGUGCGGCUCUGGGACGCCAGCACAGGCACGCCGCUGCAGACGCUCGAGGGCCAUUCCAGCAGCGUCAGCUCCGUGGCCUUCUCGCCAGAUGGCAAGGUGGUGGCCUCAGGCUCGGACGACCAGACCGUGCGGCUCUGGGACGCCAGCACAGGCACGCCGCUGCAGACGCUCGAGGGCCAUUCCCAUUGGGUCAACUCCGUGGCCUUCUCGCCAGAUGGCAAGGUGGUGGCCUCAGGCUCGGACGGCCAGACCGUGCGGCUCUGGGACGCCAGCACAGGCACGCCGCUGCAGACGCUCGAGGGCCAUUCCCAUUGGGUCAACUCCGUGGCCUUCUCGCCAGAUGGCAAGGUGGUGGCCUCAGGCUCGGACGGCCAGACCGUGCGGCUCUGGGACGCCAGCACAGGCACGCCGCUGCAGACGCUCGAGGGCCAUUCCGGCACCGUCUACUCCGUGGCCUUCUCGUUACAUAGCCUUACAGUUUUAGAUAAUUGGGUAAUGAAGGACAAGGAAAACAUUCUUUGGCUUCCUCCAGAUUAUCGUCUAGUGUCUGCAGCUGUGUGGAAUGACACAAUUGUUAUAGGACAUUCGUCAGGGGGUAUUUCUAUUCUACAACUUGAAAAAAGUUAA